AUGAGGAUUAUAUGUUUCCCGAAACUCGUUCAAUCUGAAGAAUCUAAACCGCACACCUUGAAAAACUGUGCCCUGGUCAUUGAUGGGCAAAAUUUCUUUUAUUCAAUUAAUCAAGAUAGCAAACCUCCCCACUUAUUUGGUAUUGAGACUAAUGAACAUGCCAAACGUGUAAGAAAACUUCUCUAUAUGUUUAAAAAUUCGAACGUCGAAUGUUAUGUUGUAUUUAAAGGUGGCAACACUGAUGUAGAAAAAAAAAUAACGAAACUAAAAGCAAAACUUGGAAGUCAAUAUUGUCCGGAAGAAGUUUUUUCUGUAUUCGCCAAAGAUGUAUGCAAGCAAGUGCUUAAAGAAGUCGGUGUUAAGUACGCAACAUGUGUGUUUGAAUCGAAAGAAGAUUGUGUCGCAUUAGCUCAAGCUUUAAAUUGCUCAGUUUUAAGCGAUGACAUAGAUUUUUGUUUUAAGGGUGCGCCCUAUAUACCGUCGACGACUUUGAAAUACUCAACCCAAUCGAAACAGAUCACCUGCAAACAAUACCACAUUAAAGAUUUCAUGCAAAAAUAUUCGAUAACUAACAAAAAACUUGCAAUAUUUGCAGCUCUAUCAGAUGUAAAUGUUUUCGAACACAAUCAUUUCAAUAAUCUAUUGCUAAAGUGGAAUGUUUCUGAUCGCAAUAUGUACUUACAGAUAAAAAAAAAACUUAAAUGGCUUUCAGAACAUAGCGAAGAGGAGUCUUUGAACAGUAUUUUGGAAUUCCUAAAUAACGAAGAUGAGAAAGAGAAGUUUCUGAGUCAGAUGCAAAAUAUAUUAAAAAGCAUGAAUGAGAAUUCCUCGUCAGUUGUGGCGGCCUACCUGUUGAAUAGAAGUGGCAAUAAUAAUGACCUCAGUGUAUCCUUUCGUGACCCUCAGUGGUUCGAAAAAGGAGUCGCUGCCCAGAAAAUUCCUAUUCAGUACAUCAACUUGUACACUCAUAAAUGUAUUAUAGGCUCCUGGGCAGAUACCAAAUCGAAAAACGCUAAUAACGUACUUCUAUUCUCGGCGGACAUAAUAAAAUAUGCUCACAACUUGUUGACUAAUUAUAAAUUAACUGAAAUUACUGUUUACCAUGAUGGCUUCCUGAAAAUCAAGACUGAAGAUAAAAUCAGGAAAGCAUACAAGUGCUCAGAAUCUGUGUUUGAAAAUGGAUGGAAAAACAUAAGGCACUUGAAAUUAUUUGAACAUUUUUUGUUAACAAAUAAUAUAAAUACAGAUUUUGUAAAAGACAUACCAGUGGAAGCGAGAAUGUUAUUCAUUACUUUGGCAUAUUUCACUCGCAAGAAGACACAGAUGAACCUACCGGUGACAAAGGAAGUAUACUGUUUUAUUGUGUCAUAUAUUAUACAUUUUGCAUCUAAAAAAAAAGAUUCCCCUAGGAAGAAAAAUAGUAAAAUAAAUCAAAAUGAUUGCGUUGCUGCAAUACUCGCGACUAAGAAAUAUUUUACUUGGACACCGGACGUGAUCGACAAUGUAGCAUUUAACACAUUGUAUGAAUUACAGUAUUGUUUACUGCACAUGAACUAUUUGAAUACAUUAUGUGGAUCACCGUUCAUGACAACGAAAUACCACGAAACGUUCAAUGGUACCUUUAUAUACAAACUGUUAAAGGAUAUGGACGGUGGCGAUGAAAAAGAAUUCAUCGCAGAACUGUUUAAAACAGCGCCAUCUGUUUUAACAUUUGUUAGCAAGCUGAUAAGCACAUACGAGAAGCUUCUUAAAGGGACAGACUAA